AUGACGAUAGAGCUGUCUCCGUUACACGCGCCACACUUUGCGGCUACGAAGUCUGCUGAGGAAAUAUACGAGCGGCUUCGCGCAGAUGAGGAACUUAUCGAUGCACAGAAGGUUUGUAGUUGGGUGGCAUGGUAUCUGCCAGAUUACGAUACAGACCUCGGAAGAGCCAUUGCUAGGUGCCUGGCUCCGAUGCCCGGUGUGAAUCACGACCUCAGACGACUGAUUUACGAGAAUUGCCUUAGCAAAAUCCGACAAGAUAUUCUCCCAGAAGAAUUAGCAACGGCAUUAAAAGUCCUCGUACAUCUACAAGACAAAAAAAUUAUCAGACGAGACACCACAGCCGAAUCCAUUACAACAUGGUUACAUGAGCAAGUUGCUACUCGCCAUGAGAUUCCUACUACAAACAUCCCAGAACCACCACCCGUACCCCGCAAGCGUCUCUGCUACAUCUGUCGGCUCGAAAUCAAACGUCCGUUUCCUUCUCACCCAUCAAUGUGCAUGCCAUGUGGCGCCUUCAACCACGCCUCCUCUCAAAUUUCACUGCCACCAAAAAUGACUUUGGUAUCCGAUUUCACCGCCUUGGUCACUGGAGCACGUGUCAAUCUAGGAUAUCACACUGCGUUGCGAUUGCUGCGAUGUGGAGGCCGAGUCAUAGCUACGAGUCGGUACCCGCGAGAUGCUAUAUCACGAUACACAAAAGAGGCGGAUUCUGGCCAGUGGAUAGAUAGACUCAAGGUGGUAGGUGCGGAUUUCCGGAGCGCUAGAGAUGCGUUUGAGUUGGUGCGUGAGGUCAAGGAGUGUUUGAAGCAGUGGGCAGAUGGGGGAGAGCCCAGGUUGUAUGCGUUGAUUAACAAUGCAGCUCAGACUCUCACGGAUAGUAUCAAGAAAGAAGAGCGUGCCAUGGAGCGCGAGCAAGACUUGAAGAGACGUGAGACGGAUCCGGGGUUGUUACUUGGGGAGAAUUACACGGCGAGAGUGAGGGGUGGAGCACUGCCGUUGGCAUUGGAGAACGGGAAAGCACAUUCGACAUGGAUGGACGGCCCAGAAAACGAUACCGAUGCCAUAUGGAUCCUAAAAGAAGUCGAGACGUCCAAAGGUACCACGACAGAGAUCGAGACGUACACCAAGUCGUCGUGGGUACAAGGCAUGUCCGAGAUCCCUUACGAAGAUGUUGGAUCCGCGCUUUCCGUCAAUACGUUUGUUCCCUUUAUCCUCUGUCGAGAGCUCCUUCCACUGAUGGGUAUCACCGAGCUGUCACCAGCGGCGGCAUCCGGAAUGACUCACAAACCCCAAGGCUACGUUAUCAAUGUUUCCUCGCGCGAAGGCAUCUUCGAAGACAUCCUUACGUCGACGGCAAAACGGGGCAAGCACGUGCACACCAACAUGUCCAAAGCGGCGUUAAACAUGCUGACGGAGACCGAGGCGGAGCCUGCAUGGCGGACAAGGAGAGUGGCCAUGAAUACGGUUGACCCGGGGUACAUGAGCGCGGCACCAGAGUACGAAGAUGCAUUUGAUGGGAGACGGCCGAUUGGGUGGGAGGAUGGUGCUGGGAGGGUGUUAUGGCCGAUUGCUGUAGCGGAAAUAGAGGGGUUGGUUGUCCGGGGUAGGUUCUUGAAGCAUUAUGGUGCUGUCGAGGUGGAUCCGGGGAGGGGGAGGGGAUGA